GCACCACAUGCCCAUGAGCCACACUGAAGUCUUCCGUUGCAGGAGGUGCUUGUGUUGCUGUGGGUAGAUAAAUCAUUUUUUCUGCACAGGUUCUGUAUGAGUUCCUGCCUACAGUUUCCUCCUACCAGGCGCACAAAAUGCUGCUUCAGUAGAAACAUCAGAGCAGAGGAAUAACGACGUGGAGACCUAAACAUCAGUGAGCUCACACACAGUCGAGGGCCGUCUCACAGGGCCUGAAUUCAACAGAACUCUUCCACCAUGGUCGGGAUCAUCAUUAUAAAGUCUCUUGGAGCAGUUUUGAUCGUCGCAGCUCACAUGGUGUUCAUCGCGUGCAGCACAGAGCAGUUCACCGGGACCGUCGGGACCAACAUCACUCUCCAGUUCCCAUUCAAUAUGAACGUCACAGACAGCAGCCACUUUGCAGUUUAUGUCGGCCCUAAAGACAAGAAAAAGAUUGCUGAGUACAAAAAGAAGCUUCUCCCUGCAAGCAUUUUUGUAACUUAUCCUAAAAAUCAUUCUGUAUUUUGCAACCUUACGAAUCUGACAUCAAAUGACAGCGGACACUACUGGGCCACUUUGUUCGUGGCUUCAGGAGGACCCAAAGAAAGUAAGAGUGUGCAUCUGAUCGUACGAGAGGAGAACAGAAGUGCAACAGGUCCUCCGGUGCAGGAUGACAUCCUGAUACCUAAAAACAGGGGAAGUUCCAGCUCCUCUCACGUCAUCACCUCCAUCCUCGUGGUUUCACCUGUCGUGCUGAUGGCUGUAAUACUUACCUGGCUGAUUUGGUGUCUCGUGAGAACCAAAGACAAACAAGAAGCAUCUCCACAUCAAAACUCCAAUCCUACGAUUCAAGAAACAAUUGACGUGUCCAGCCAAGUGCCUGCAUCCUCACUGGUCUACAGCGUCCUGGACUUUCCCAAGAGAGAGUCGGCGGUCGUGGAGGUGCAAUCCAGUGACACAGAGUACGCUGCUGUCAGUUAUCUCAGAUAACAGAGAGCGGUGUGAUACAGCCGAGCGCUGAAACACAGAUCCAAUAAAAAUCGAAUUGUAUAUCUAACGUUGUAGAAUAAUAUCAUCUCACCGAUCUGCAUUGGAUGUAAGAAUGUAUACGUCCCUUUAAUGGACGGUUUGAGCUUGAAUUAGAAAGGUGCUGCAGAAUUUAUGUUUGUUGUUUUGGUUCUUCAAAUGCUUUACGGUCAUUUGGCCACCAAGUCCUCUGAGAUUUGUUCUUUGGUUAAUUUGCACAAAUAUCACAUAAAGACCAAAACCGACAUGUUGCUCCGUUAUGAUCAUCAGGCUCUGUAUUUCUUUCCCAUUAAUCAUAUAAUCAACAUCCUUCUGCUGUAAAUACUCAAGCAUAACUAGCAGUGUUGAAGUCCAGUCACCAAACCUCCAGAGAAGAAUCCACGAGGGAGGGCGGCUGUUUUAAUCCAAACUAAUGACAGUCUGAACCUGGACUGACCCGGUUCCAGAGCGGCUCCAACUCUUUGCUGGUCUAGAACCACGAACUGCUUACGUCAGGUGCGAGGGGCGGGGUUGCCGUGAUCAAAAGAGGGUAUGUGCGGGACCUUUUGGAGCUAUUUCCAUCAUUUCAUGCAAAUCAUUAUUUUACUUUAGUUACUUUCGUUGCGAACAUUGCCGUUAGCAUGCUAACACUACCAUUAGCAUCAGUCUCAAGUGACGUUAGCAUCUCUUACUUCCCUCGGUUCAUCCUGCACAGAUGUCUGUUACAGUUUGAGCUCGUCUCUUUCUUUUCCUUGAAGGUUCGUUCACACAUCCAACAUUACUGUGAAAUCUUUGAAAGCAACAUGAGUGGCUGAUAGCGUCUCUUCAGAGAGCACUUUCCAAAAUCUGCAUUACAAAGUGUUUUACAAUGCAUCAAAAGGACAAGUGCAAACCAGACUGAGUUGGAGAGAGGGAUAGAGGGAGAUGAAGAGAGAGAGAGAGAUGAUAGUGGGGAGAUGGAUAGUAGUAGUUGUAGCAGCUGGAGUCUGGCACGUCCACAGCAGCAGAGAUCCAGAGGAACCUACGAGACAAGGGAGCUCAGGGACUCCAGAAAGGUCUAAGAAAAGAGAGAAGAGAGGGAGACCAGAAGAAAGAAAAAGAGAUUAGAAUAAAUGGUAAAGGAAAGACAGAAGGAAUGGACGGAGUAAGACAAGUAAACAUAAAGGAUAAAGAUAUAUGGAAAGAAAGAAAGGAAAAGGGACUGAAAGAAAGAAACAAUGAAAGAGAAAGAAAGAAGGAAGGAAUAAAAGAAAAGGGAAUGAAAGCAAGAAAGAAGGAAGGAUUGACAGGAAAGAAGAACAGAAAAGAAAGAAUGAAUGACAGACCCGAAAAAAGGAAUCUACGGCAGAGAUCCAGAGGAAUCUACGAGACAAGGGAGCUCAGGGACUCCAGAAAGGUCUAUGGUUAGUAACUUUAAUGGGACAGGAAGAGUUAAAGUGAGAGACAGGCAGAGAGAGGAGAGAGAGGGAAAGACAGGAUCCCAGUGUGUCAGUCUAAGCCUAUAGCAGCAUAACUAAGAGCUGGUCCAGGUGAACGUAUGACACAAGGGAGCUCAGGACUCCAGAAAGGUCUAUGGUCAGGACAGGAAGAGUUAAAGUACUUAACGGGGGAUGAGACAGGAUCUCAGUGUGUCAGUCUAAGCCGAUAGCAGCAUAACUAAGACCUGGUCCAAGCCUGAUCCAGCUCUAACUAUAAGCUUUAUCAAAAAGGAAAGUUUGAAGCCUACUCUUAAAAGUAGAGAGGGUGUCUGCCUCCCGGACCUUGGAUGGUAGAUGAUUCCAAAGGAGAAGUGCCUGAUGGUUGGAGGCUUGACCUCCUAUACUACUUUUAGAGGCUUUAGGUAGGAUGAGCAGGCCUGCAUGUUGGGAGCGUAGUGUUCUAGAGGGGUUAUAGGGCAUUAUGAGCUUGUAAGAUGCCGAGGUGUCCGACCAUUAAGAGCUUUAAAUUCUAUUCUAGAUUUUAUGGGGAGAAUAACACGUGCCAGCCAAUUAAAUAAUAAAUACAUAUAAAGAAUCUAACAUAAACAUUAAAACAGUCUAUACAGUCCUCUUCUCUAUCUUUGGAGUCCUUAUGCAGUCAAUGCUCGAGUCCAAGUCCAAGUUGAGUCAGGAGUCUUGAAAAUGAGACUGGAGUACUAGAACAGAUGUGUGUAAAUGUUGGGAGUAGAAGUGGUCUUGGUCUUUUCAUGGGAAUAAAACAAAGAUCUAGAAUAAUAAACAUCACUCACAUUAAAUGUAAGAGUUUAAACACCCUGGAUGAUGACAAAUGGUGGAUAUAAUCUUCUGUGUUUAUCUUGAUCUUAUUCAUGAAACACAAACCGUUAGAAGUUUCCAGAUUCAAACCGUCUUCAUUUAUUGCUUCAACGUUCCUCUCAAGAUUAAAUCUGAAUCUUGUUUUUUUUUUUUAUAUAUAUAUACAUCUCUGACUCGUUACUAUUUUUAAACGCAGUGAGGAGGCGUGAUGUCUUUGAGUUUCACAUUCAGUCAUUUCAUCCUUUCUGUAAGCGUGUUCAUGUUCGGGCUGUCUUUGAGGUGAAAGUGUCAAGAAAAGGCUCUCGUGUUUAAAGCAAACAGGUUCUGUUUACGCUCGGGUCAAAGUGUGAUUUUCCAUUUACUGUUUGGUGACAGUUUGACUCACACCAUCUACACACACAGCAGUUAUCUCACACUAUCUCUCUGACUUUUCCCCACACGGACUCAGAAAUUCUGUUAUUCGAAGGUGCCUUUUUAUCAUUUUUAUACAUUUUAUGGAAAAGUUUUGAUUUGUGUUCUCCAUCCUGCACACUGAUGUUGUUCAUUUGUGUUUUCCUCUCAUGUAGAAUUAAAGUCAACUGUCUCUGCUCACCUCUGCCAGACGAUCUGCUUCAGUUCUCACGUUGUUUGUUUUUCAGGAAGGAAAUUAGCCAAUGAAAUGAUGUACAUGUUUCAAACAAACCGACCUCAAUGUCGAGAAACAAACACACUCAAGAUUCGUAUCUACUCUAAACAUCUCGUUUGUUUCUUGCAAAUUCACGGUAUGAAAACCACGAGGGCACCAAGAGCUGUUCUUACUUAAAAUGCAUGAAUGUAUGAAUGUUUAAGUGCAGCAAUAAAUGUAUAUUUCAGUUUGA